CGGCAGCUGGCACAAGAUUUCCUUGUUCUCCUUGCGUAUAUAAUGGAAUGAGAUGACCAUCUUUCUACCUCCGAAGAGCAACGCUUGACAAACAUGUUUGGUCUCUUUUCUAGUCCGCCAAAGGCGCCCCAGCGCGUGCCGACUGAUCUCGUUGUCCCGGUCGGCUUCUUUGACGACACUAUUAUUUUCAGAACGUUUGUCUUAUACACCCUGUUUGUUUUUGACGAUGUACUCGAUCCUGAGAGGCUGCGCACCUCGCUGGAACGUGUCGUGAGCCGUCCUGGCUGGAACAAGCUGGGUGCUCGGCUGAGAAGAAAUGAUCGUGGAGAAUUGGAGCACCAUAUACCAGCCGAAUUCACCUCAGAUCGCCCGGCAGUGGGAUUCAGCCAUGUGGACUAUAGCGCCUUGGCCAAGGAAGACCAUCCCGCUGCAUCGUGUAUACCCCGUCCCUGCAAGGACCAGCCGGCAGUUGUGGGAGAUCCCGAUGACCUCUCAGAGCUGAUUUAUGGCCACGAGGUACCUAAAACGCUCGAUGAUUACAUAUAUACCGACCGUCCUCAGCUUGGUCUACGUGUCGUCUCAUUCAAGAACUCGACAGUCGUCAUCCUCCACUGGUUACACCUCGCCUUUGACGCAACAGCAAAACGGGCUCUUCUCGAUGCCUGGAUGCUGAUGCUUCAGGGCAGAGAAAAUGAGAUCUUGGAGCCAUUGGCCCCCCACGAGUAUGUUUUAGAGCAUGUUGGAAAGAAACCCACAGAGGCCCAUGUCCUCGCCAAACACCAUGUGUCCAAGCUGGGCCUUGUCUUGUGGGUACUUCAGAACUCCUAUAGCUUGAUAGUCAGCAAGAAAGAGCAUCGUAUGGUCUGCGUGCCUGCAGCAUACCUCGCAAAGUUGAGAGAGAAGGCUCUCGCAGAACUUGCUGCUCAGGCUGAUAGCGAGGAUCCGGAGGUCCCGUUCAUAAGCGAAGGGGAUUGCCUCUUGGCUUGGAUGUCGCGUCUGGCAAUGGCUAAUCUUUCAAAGGAUUCGGAGAAAAUAGUUGCUAUACAACAAGCUUAUCAAUGGAGGCCGGUGUUGGCGGACCUGCUACCAGAUAAACGUCCAUUUCUCAGCAACUGCGUUGGCUUUCUUAGUACUCUAAUGCCGGUUAAAGAUCUGCUUCAGAAGCCACUCAGCUAUGUAGCAACCCAGAUCCGUCGCUCGAUUAAGGAGCAAGGCUCUCGCGAACAAGUCGAGGCCUACACAUCGCUGGUCCGGCUUGACCCAGCCAACAGGGCGCCUCCAUUCUUCGGUGACAGCUCGAUGCACUUGUUUAUGUACUCUAAUUGGCAAAAGGGCAACAUGUUUAAUGUCGAUCUAUCGGCUGCGACUGUGACGCUACGGCAGACACCAUUGAAACCAUCCUAUGUGCAGAGCGUACAGGGUCCAUACAACUUUUCGGAUGGAAUCAUUAUCGUGGGGAAAGAUGCCGAGGGUAACUAUUGGCUGUCUGGAUACAGAGCAAAGGGUCUCUGGGAGAUGAUGGAAAAGAAAAUGAAGGAGGAGGUAAUCUAAAUAAAGAUGAUGGUUGCCCUACGGCGUCAGUUGUCGCGUGUGCUAUACAUAGACAAGUUCUGCAUAGUAACCUUUUACUCCUCAGAUAAUUCUCAUUCAAUACUGUUGGCGCAUUCACCCUCGGCCUUACGAG